AUGCGUACCGACGAGCGAUUCGAUGGAGAAAGGGACCGACUCCUAGCAGGAUUUGCCAGCCAGCUCUCCAAAUCAGCCCUCGCUAUCUGCGACCUGGUCGAAGCAAAGCGACAGCAGGAGACGAGCGGCAUACCUGACUGGUUAAUCCGGUUUCUGAUCCCGGGAAAGGCAUUGUUUGUCGAGGAGGAAUUCCGGAACGAGGCUGCGAUGAUGCGGUUUUUGCGAGACAACACUGCAAUCCCAAUCCCGGAUCUCUUCGCCGGUGGCACUGUUGAAGAGAAUCCGACAGGCCUGGGGCCAUUUCUUAUCAUGCGGUGGGUGGAAGGGGUGGCGAUGAAAGAACUCCUUGGACACAAAGAUGAAAGCUCGGCAGAUGAAGACGAUGAGGCAAUACGACGGUGGGAGCAGCUCAAUAUCGCAUAUGACUCCCGCGCCGCCCGCGACAGAUACACCUGUCGACACCUAUUCAAGUCAAUAGUGCCCUUCUUCACAGCAGUGGACGAGAUUAAUGGACCUUUCAAGAUCUUCUGUGAUGGCCUAGGGCCUGGGAACAUGCUGGUUGACCCUUCAACACUUAGGUUCCUUGCCAGUCCGCCAAAGUGGCUUCUCAAAAAGCGCAUCGCCCAUUGGGUUGAAGAUGAGGGCCUUGAGGCCACCCUGGAAUCGUACGUGCCGCGGUUCAACCUCUUCCUUCAGGCGCUCGAAGAACAAGAGGCAGAACGUUACGCCGGUAUCGAGUCGAUUUCCGGGCGAAACAGACUGUCUAUGCGCAUGCGGCAGUCCCUACAGGGCAGGACAGUCUGGUUCAACAGCGCCAUCCGCAAUGGUUGGAGCCUGGACGCGCUCGUCUGGGGCGUCCUGGACAACCACAUUUAUGGCAAGAGAUACUAUGAUGAGAUGGGGAUUGACGAAAAGGCAGAGCCUGCUGAAGACGGCAAGCCCGAAUAUUGGGUGAAAAUACCGCUCCAAGUGACACAAUAG